AUGACGUCGAAACGUAUUCUACGUGGUUUGAAUAACCCUGCCCGAAUUCCCAAACCAGCCACACCUUUACAAGAACAGCUGCAAGCACGCCGCGAGCGAGACUUACGAGCUACAGCUAAUUCCACCGCGGCGAUCCUCAAAAAGCUUAAAGAUGAAGAAGAACCGCAUCGAGAUCUGCAUGACCAAGACAUGGCCGAAGGCCAAGUCUUGAACGACGUUGAGGGGGCCGACGAAGCAGACGAACCACAAGAUGAGGAUUUCGGCGAGGAGGGAGAUCUCCGUCGAUUUAUGCCACAUCCUGACCAGGUCGAACAUCCUCAACCUGUGGACCCUAUUAUCGCCGCUUUGAGAAGAGACCAGCAUUUAGCGGAUCGAUUGAGUCACGAGAACGAGUGGAUGUGGCAGUAUGCUGUUAUGUUGCCUACGUUUCUGCGAUGUAAGAUGGAAACGUCCAAUUGGGGGAAUGAAGAUAGAUGGAACAAAGAUUUACGGCCAACAUGCACCUGUGUAAUGCAGACCGAGCGCAAUGUCGACCUGGUGGAUUUAACUAGUAAGCUGAGUAUUGCCGUUCAGUAUAGUUUGUAG